AUGGCGAAAGAUCGAAACGGCACCGAGGCAGCCAAAGACGGUGACAGCAAAAAAUUGAAAGCCAAAUCUCGAAAAGAGAACUCCGACUCUGAUUCACAUACAAGGACAAUCUCGCGAGAAAGCUCCGAUUCUGAGUCACGCUCAGAAUGCGAAGACACGAAGCGCAGUAAAAGAAAUCGAAAAUCACGAAAACGAUACAGCAGCAGAAGAGGCUCGGAUUCGGAGUCGGAGUCAGAGUCGGAUUACUCUAGUAGUGAAGAAUCGGAGUCGGAUAGUGAGAGUGAAGAGGAGAGGAGGAGAAGGAAGAGGAAAGAGAGGAAAAGGAGGGAAAGAGAGGAAGAGAGGGAAAGGAAAAGGAGGAAAAGAGAUAAAGAAAAGAAGAGGAAAAGGAAGGAGAAAAAGGAGAAAAAGAAGAAAAAAAGGAGAAAUUGGAGAAAGGGAAAAAAGGAAGAUAAAAUGGUUGAAUUUGAAUUUUGGGAUGUUCAUAAGCCAGAAUCAGCAUACAGUGGAGCAUUUGGUCUUAUAAUAGAGUUGAUGGCUCUUGGUUGCAUCUACAUUUCUUAUUUCGUAGUUGAUUGGAUUUUAGGCCAGAUGGAACGUAGGAAUAAACGACCAGAGUUCACUGCAUGGUUGCUAGAAGUGAAACAGGUGAAUCUAGAAAGCCUGCCAAACUGGGAAGAGAAGCAAAUGUUCAAAGCAUUCAUGGAGGAUCACAAUACGGCAACUUUUCCUUCCAAAAAAUAUUAUAACCUUGAUGCUUACUACCAACAUAAAAUGGAAAAGGAAAUGAAGAAGGGUUUCAAGAAGGUCCUGCAAUCAGAGCGUACUGUAUUUAAUGACGAAGAACAGCGUCGGCAAGAACUGUUGCGAGAACGUGAAAAGCAAAAAGAAGCAGAGGUGGAAGCCUUAAAGCGUUCUAUGCAGAGUGGAAUGGCACAAGCAAUGAAAGAACAAGCCCAGCUGAGAGAAGAGAUGGCUUACCAGUACAAGCUUGGCAACUUUGAGCUUGUCAUUGCUCAAAAGUCACAUUACACUUAUAGGCUGCGGCUGCUAUCCAAAGAAGGUUGGACCCAGAUGUUGCUAUGUGAGUCUACUAACUUUGAUGUGAAGCCAGAACUGCUACAGAUUCAUGAAUUUCUCAUUUAUAUCGUGCACAUGGAUCCCACUACCACCAAGCUGCCAAAGAUAUCACUACUGGUGUUGAUAUGUAUACAUGACUGCCAGGUUAAACAAAUGGAUCUGCCCGAUGUGUUUUUGGGUUAG